CCGAGACGGAGGAACAACUCGCCACUGGUAAACAAACUGAAAAAAAAUAUUAUGUUAAUUUUAGUUUAAUUUGUUAAUAUAAAUGUGUUUAUAACAUAAAUGUUGUUGCGUUGAAGUGCUCAUUAACCAGCAGCUGUUCAGUAUGAUGAGAAGACAUGGAAAGUUGAAAAUCCUUACAGGACUUCUUAUCCCAGUUUGUGUCAUCUAUUUUAUGAUGACAUGGCUGGUAGAAGGUGGUUACUUUGAAGUAAAGAUGCCGCUUAAUGAUGGAAAGUUGUGCAAUGCCAGUCUUGGACCAACGGUGAAAGAUGACAUAGAGAAGAUCAAAACAUACUCAUUUCCCGAGGCAGAGAAAUACCUAGAAGAGUUGUUUCCACCGUCACUGCCUGAUGAGACAAAUCUUCCAAAGAUGCCGGUGUUUGUGACGGCAGCCUCCGCUAGUCAUUAUACAGAAGUGAUGGAACUAGUCUACAAUAUAUCUGCUGUCAUAGACAAAUACAAGGAAACUAAACUCAUUGUUUAUGAUUUGGGAUUUUAUACAUCACAAAAGAAAGAGAUUGAGAGAGUGUGCAAGUGUGAAGUGAAGACAUUUCCCUAUACGGAUCUACCCCAGCAUAUGAAACUGAUGAAAGGCUAUGCCUGGAAACCUGUUGUUAUACAGCUUGCAGCGAGAGACCACCCCUUUGUGAUAUGGAUGGAUGCUUCAGUACGAUUCACAACCACAGAUCUUGAUGCUCACUUUGAAAGAGCUCGAAAUCUUGGGGUUAUGGCAGCAAAAGGAUUUGCCCCAAUCGCCAUGAGAACACACCCGAAGACAUUCCUUUCACUCGGCGAAGAAGCUUGUACAUUUAAGGCAACAAAUGAAUUUGAAGCAACCUUUAUUCUUAUAUUUGGUAACAAAUUUGUUUCAGAAUUUUUCCUGAAACCAUGGGUGUCCUGUGCUUUGUCAUUUGGAUGUGUGGUUCCAGAUUACAACACUAACAGGUAUAUAAACUGUGAUAGAAGCAAGGAACAAGUCUACUUUGAUUGUCAUCGAUUUGAUCAGUCAGUAUUAAGUAUUUUACUAUAUAGAUUAUAUCAUAAAAAUAUAAUGCACCAUAGAAUGGAUCACACAUUUUUCAGGUUCUGUAAGGGGGCAGAUGAACAAUGGUAUCUUCCUCAAUUUAUCAAUGAACUUAUGAUCAAAUACCAGGAAGUGUGCUUUUAAUUUAGAAUGAUAUGUCACUUGAGUUCAUGAUUAUUAUGUCUCCCACCAUACAAUGGUGCGGGAGACAUAUUGAUUUACUCCUGUCUGUCUGUCUGUCUGUCACUCUGUCACAAAGCUUGUCCGCACUCUAAGUUCAACAUUUCUCAUCCUAUCUUCACCAAAAUUGAACAAAACGUGUUUGCCAAUAAGACCUCGGCCAAAUUCGAUAACUAGGCAAAUCGGCCCAAGCAUUUCAGAAUUACAGCCCUUGAAACUUGUUUUUGAUAAUCAAAGCACUCAAAGUCUGAUAAGGCAGUUGAGGUCUUGGUGCAUGGUUGACUUGUAUACUACUAUUCAGAUGAUUAGGCAGUUGUGGGAGACAUGCGCUUUCCUCAAAAGCAUCUCUAGUAAAACUUGAGUUUUGGAAGCAGUCUGAAAAUUCCAGCAUGUGAUUGAUUGAUUCUGACCUAAGUCUGAAAAUUCCAGCAUGUGAUUGGUUGAUUCUGGCCGAAGUCUUCAAAUUGGCAAUCUUGUAUUCUUAGACUGGUCUCCAAACUCUGGGGUAAGGGGUAGGGAUUGGCAUUUAACCAUGGAGUUUGAAUUGUAGUAAUGAACAGACUGAUUAUAAGAUGUUUAAGCUAAUUGGCAAGGGCACAAAAUCAGAUUAUUAUUGAAUCUUUGCUAUAUUCAUUCCAUUGACCUUAACACAGUUACAUGAUUACUGAUAAAACAUGGUAGUUGCUCAUUGGCAGAGUCUAAAAACACAUGUUGACAAGUGCAAAAAAUCCUCAGGCAUGACUUCACAAAGGCAUGAAAUAACCAUGACACCAUAUUAGUAACAACAUUAUAGUAGAUUUUCUACUUGAAUUUUACUUUUUUGCUUGUUACCCAUGAUGUAGUUGUUUAUAUUAUUAGCCUGAUAGUUGUUAUAUGUAAUGAUAAAACAGUUGUUGCUGUAUACAUUUGGUUAAUAUGAGGAUUUAUCAACAAGGAAAAAUUGAUACCAAUCUCAGACUACGUCCCCCAUUUGGUAGACUGGCUCCCGUCCCUAUGUUUGUUCUACAUAUAUAUGUUUAUUCAUUAAGAGGGAAGUAACUCCAGCAGGUUGUUUCUUCAUUGACUUUUUUUAUUGCCCCUGGCUCCGAACAUGUAUGGUUCAGCCAUCAGAUAAAAUGUGCUAUUUUAGAGGCUAAAGAUUUUCUUAUUUUGCUUGCAGUAUUUAUAAAUAUAAAAAAAUAAUCAUGCAGCCAGGGAGCCAGGCUACCCAUUCGGUAUCUUUUGCCAGGUUGAUAAAUCCUGAUAUUGACCUCUUUAGAAAGCAGUAAUUGUAUAAUGCCUGAACAAGACUAUUUUAUAUUGUGGUAGGCAUGUAAAUGUAAGUGAAAUGAGGUUGUUGUUUUUAGCACACCUGAACAAUUGUGAUCAGGCUGUGUCCGACGUUUGUCAUGCGUGCAUCAGUCCGUCAGUCGCCAACAAUUUUGUUUAAAAGACAUCUCUAAAACCACUGAAAGGAUUUUGAUGGAACUUGGCAUGGAUGUUCCUUUGAUAGUCCUCUAUCGAAGUUGUUCCGCUUGGUUGCAUAUAGGGGCCGCCAGAGCUAAAAAUAGAAAAAAAAUUCAAACAACAUCUCCUCCUAAACUGAUGGUCCAAUUUUGAAAUAAUUUCACACAAAUGGUCCUUCUGUUGCCCUCUACCAAGAUUUUCAAAUUGAAUCAAUUUGUCAAAAAACUUUUCCCUUUAUAUAUAUAGUAGAAACUUAGAAAAUCUUCUUAUAUAAAACUAUUAACCCAAUUAUAAAAUAAUUUUCACACAAAUUGUCCUUGUGUGACCUUCUACAAAUAGUGUACAAAUUUUUCUGAUUCGUCAAAAAACAUGGCUGCCAGAAGGCGUCACUUUUCAUCAACAAUUUCUUUAAACAACCUCUUCUUCAAAACCACCAAAUGGAUUUUGAUUAAACUUUACACAAAUGAUCUCUGGGUAGCACUCUUUCAAAAUUGUUCAAAAUGUUCCGGUUCAUUGAACAUGUGGAUGUGUCUUUUUGGUUAGCAAUAGGUUUUCAGAUAUCAGACUUCAAAAAUCCUUUUCUCUAUAGCUUUGAUAUUUGGCAUGUGAUAUAAGUGUUUGGCUCUCUACCAUACUUGUCCAGAAUAUUGCCCUAAGGUCAAAAAAAUGGCAACGCCCCUGUGUCUGACAUGUACUUACUAUAGGCUUUUAUUUAAGAAACUUUGAAAAUCUACUUCUUUGUCUGAAUCAGUAAUAGCUAGAGUCUUUAUUAUUUUGCAUGUGAUAUCAGAUUUGUAAUGUCUACCAUAAUUGUUCAAAUUAUUGCCCUAGGUUAAAAUGUGUAUGAUAUGUAUAUAAUAUAGGCUAACAUAGAAGAAUUCUAACUCUAUACUUAUACAAACACACUUGAAGCCUUGUACACAGGUGAGCGCUUUAGGGUCAAUUACCCUCUUGUUUUACCUUUACAUAUUUGAGCUAGUCUCAAAACUACAAAAUAUUUAUAAAAUGAAACAAAUUUUGAAGUUUUGUUAGUAUUUGCUUUCAACUGUAGUUUCCAUGGAAACAUUAUAUUUAAUUGUUUUCUUUAUUUUAACUUUUGUUAAUAAUCCUGCUUGUAACUAAACCUGACUGCUUUCAGUUACAAAAAGUUAUUGAUAUUUAGUCUAACUUUGUUCGAUUGAACUUCAUGGGCUUGUGGAAACUUGUUUUAGAGAUUGGUAGAAUGUGACAGCUGCAACCUACAACUAUAAAAUAUUUUAAGUAUAUAUUUAUAUUAUUAUUAUCUUUAAAUAUAAAACAAAAAUGCAUUGACAAUCACACAGCAUCUUCACAGAAGUAUUUUAGAUACCUUUCAAUUCAUUGUUAGCUCAACUAUUCAAAUAGGUAGAGCUAUUGAACAUUCCCAACUGUUGACAUUCCAAUUUGGUUAAGUUUUUGUAUGUAAGUUGGUAUCUUGGUACCCGCUGACGAAAAUUGAUUGAAAUUUCACACAUUUAUUCACUGUGAUGAGUUGAUAUGCAUUGUACAGGUUCCAUAACUCUUGUUUUACCUUUUUACAAAAUUGUGCCCCUUUUUGGAGUACUAUAUUUAUACAAUUGAAAAACACAGCUGUUGAAUAGUGGAGAGUUGAUGUCCUCAGACAGUUCUUGUUACUUCUGUACUUAUAAGUACCUAGUCAUAAGGUAGCCAGUAUUAACAUGUAGGUAUGAAGUGUUCAUCAUUGUUAUCUGUUAGUUGUUCAUCCAACUACUUAUUUGUUGUAGUUUUCAUGAUUACAAAAUUAUAUGACAGCUCCUGUUUAUAAGUAUAUUAAAUUAAGACCAACAUUUUUUAAAACUUUUCAUCUGUUAUAAUAAUUUUAUUCACUCCUUAGUCAUUCUUUUCAUGGGAUUUUUUAUAGUUGAUUAGAAGGUAGAUUUUAGUUUCAUCUUAGCUUAGUAUACAUGAAGCAUAAUGCACUGGCCUUCUUCAGUUUGAUUUAUUUUAUUUCAAGUUUCAUUAUUUUGCUGUCUGUCACAAGGAACAUCAAUGCAUUGUUUCAUAAUUUUCACAUGUUUGACGUCACAGGAGUGAAAUAAAGCCGUUACAUAAAUUUGAUAAUACACUAGCUUUGAUCUCAACAUCGUUUAAAGUAUCGGAGACGUUGAUCUAACUGAUUUGUUUAUUAUAGUUAAAGAAAGUAGAUUUUUUAAAUUUUUGGCUGGAAAAGCUAACAUGUGAUAAAAAGAAUAUUACAUUUGUGACUUUACACAUUGAAUUUAUUAAACUUGUUUAAUAAAUUCGGUAUGAAAAGACACUCUUGUAAUAUCCUCUAUUUAAAAAAGCAUCAGUAUUAUCUGCAUAAGCUGUUUGUCACUGGAAUGUAUGGAGUGUGCUCACACUUAUAGCAUGGUAGAUUUCUUUGUUUCUAUAUUUAUAUGUACCUUAACCUUUACCUGCUAAAUUUCUAAAAUGGACUUGUCCAUCAUUCAGUUAGGGCAGUACCACUUAUUAUUCAUAGGGGUGUUUACUGAAAAUUUAUUGACUGAAUAGCGAACAGUGCAGACCAUGAUCAGCUUGCAGAUUGAUCUUGGUCUGCACUGGUCGGAAAGGCAGAAUCACUUGCCACCAGCAGUCUAAAGGUUAAAAGUGUCAGUACUACUUGCAUAAGCUGGAAAUCAUGUAGAAUACUCAUACUUACAGCUUGGUAGAUUUUCAAUCCAGGUAAAUAAAUUAGGUCAUGAUCAUAGCUUUACAAAUUGAAGACCAUAGAAAUAAUAAAAUGCUCAAUAGGUGUAUUACACAUUGUUUAUACAAAUGGAUUCUGUGAAAUCAUUAAUAUUCGUGGGGGACUAAUUUUCGUGGUUGAGUCAAUCCACGAAAUUUAAUUCCAACGAACAAGUAAAAUUCUCAUUCAUUUUAUGUUUAGAAGGUGAAAUCCACAAAUUCAUAUCCCCACGAAAUUGCCAUUUUGACCAAAACCAAAAAAUUUCAUGCCCACAAAAUUAAAUGAUUUUACAGUAGUGGGCCACAGAAGUGUCCUAAUAAUCUAGAACAGUAAAUGCAUUUUAUAUUUGGUCAUGAGGAAGUAUGUAUAACUAAUACUGUAGAAUUUCAAAAGGUUGCAGUGAUAAAGUAUGGGACAAGGGUUGAUCAUAUUUUUCUGUAUCAUUAGAGUAGGUCAUCCUCAAGUAUUUAUAUGCCAUGUUCCUAUUAUAUUUAUGGAUUAGUUUGAAAACUGAACACAAAUACAGAGUUUUGCCAAGGAAAAGGGCAGACCAAAACAUAGACUAUUGAAAAUGCAGUAUGAGGCUUUCAUUUUCAUAACAACAUUAUGCCUCUGUAUAAAGGAUAAAAAAAUAAUCAUGAGGAUGUUGAUUUGUAAAUGUGUAGUGAAAGGAGAUGAAAUGUAAUAUUGUUGUACAUGUACAUUGGGUAUGUUUGACAAGUACCUCUGAAUAAUAAUAUUUUUGAUAAUAUGUAACGACAUAUUUAUUACAUGUUUUCUUAGAUGAUUAUUGAAAUGUAACAGCAGGUUAUUGAAAUAAAACAGCAGAUUAUUGAAAUAUAACAGCAGGUUAUUGAAAUAAAACAGCAGGUUAUUGAAAUAUAACAGCAGGUUAUUGAAAUGUAACAGCAGGUUAUUGAAAAUAAAACAGCAGGUUAGUGAAAUAUAACAGCAGGUUAGUGAAAUAUAACAGCAAAUUAUUGUUUUAGUGAAAUAUAACAGCAGGUUAGUGAAAUAUAACAGCAGAUUAUUGAAAUAUAACAGCAGAUUAUUGAAAUAUAACAGCAGGUUAUUGAAAAUAAAACAGCAGGUUAGUGAAAUAUAACAGCAGGUUAGUGAAAUAUAACAGCAGAUUAUUGAAAUAUAACAGCAGGUUAGCGAAAUAUAACAGCAGGUUAGUGAAAUAUAACAGCAAAUUAUUGUUUUAGUGAAAUAUAACAGCAGGUUAGUGAAAUAUAACAGCAGAUUAUUGAAAUAUAACAGCAGGUUAUUGAAAAUAAAACAGCAGAUUAUUGAAAUAUAACAGCAGGUUAUUGAAAAUAAAACAGCAGGUUAGUGAAAUAUAACAGCAGGUUAGUGAAAUAUAACAGCAGAUUAUUGAAAUCUAACAGCAGGUUAUUGAAAUGUAACAGCAGGUUUUUGAAAUAUAACAGCAGGUUAUUAAAAUAUAACAGCAGGUUAUUAGCAGGUUAUUGAAAUAUAACAGCCUGUUAUUGAAAUAAAACAGCAGAUUAUUGAAAUAUAACUGUGGAUUAUUGAAAUACAGCUGUGAAAUACAUUUAGUAAUUUCACAGCCAAAAUAAGAAAUAUAUAUUUCAGUCAUGUGUAAACAGCAGUGAAAACAGAAGAAACAAACUGUUAAAAACAAUCAGAAUUGUACUUCAAUAACAGCUAAGAUGUAUUUAAGAUUUGACAAAAGCGUGAGUUAUCACUGUAAUUUCGUUAGCCCAUCUAUUCAGAGAAUAAGUUUGUCCUGGUAUUGGCAUGGCUGCUGUAUUCAGGUUGAAGGCUUAUGGCAUGUUUCUCAGUUUCACUGUUAUCUUCUUAUCUACUGCCCUUAUACUCUAGUAUCUCGUAAGAGUAGGCCUUGGCACGGGGCAGACAUCUGUAAGUUAAGUUUCAGGUAUCAUAAAGGUCAAGGUCACUGAGGUUAAAUAUUGUAAGAGUGCUGGUUAAAGUUUAUGACAACCUUCUCAAUUUCUCUAUAUCAUCUUAACUACUGUCCCAGUUAUCAUCAAACUUCACCUAAGGAUUAAUUUUAGUAAGGGGGUAGACAUGUUUUAGUUUAUUUCCCUGCCUCCAAACCCACCCUUUCAAGUUUGUUCUUGUAUAUUUUAUACAACUUUCACACAUCUCAUAUCCGUUCUUGUUAGACUUCAUAACCCCCACACACUGCUUCUUGCUCCCCUCCAAACCCCAGCUUCCAGUUUGUUUCACCUUUCUCACAAUAUCAUAUGUUAUUUUGUUUCUUGGGUUCUCUCAUUUCUCUGCGCCUACAACCCACAUCGCAUUACAUCCCACUUUAAAAAAGACUGUCACACUUGUUUAUAUCUUAUUAUAAUAGCUUGGCAAACAUUUUCAAGUAGCCUAGCUGUUCUUUUGGGAGCUCUUGGGGUUUAUUUUUUUUAUUUUAAGUGUUAUAAAAUUAAUGUGUAAGUGUGAUUUUUUGUUAUCUCUUUACAUAUAAGAUUUGAACUAUGAUAUAUUUUAGACAUGUCCAACAUUACCAAAGAAUUGUGUAUAUUUAUAGUUAUGAAACUUUAUUAAUCUUUUCUACAUUUGUUGAUAGUUUAAGUUAAAUGUAUCUUUCGUUAAGUUAAUUUCUUGUUUCUUUUAUAUACUUUCUAACGAAUUCCUGUUGUAAUAGAACAAUUCUAUAUAUGUGUAAUUGUAUAUUGAAAAUUGUAAUAAUUUUACCCCCUGAACAACGAAGUUGUAUGAAGGGUAUACUGGUUUCAGGCAGUCCGUCUGUCUGUAGACACAAUCUUGUGGGCACCAUCUCUCCUCAUCCCCUUGACACAAUUUAAUGAAACUUCACACAAGUGGUCAGUAACAUCAGUAGUUGUGCAUGGUGCAUGUUAGGUUCCUUCGGAUAAAAAUUGCAGAGUUAGGGGACUUUGUUUUUUGUUACUAUACUAUAUACAUACAGUCUGCAUAUGCAAUCUUGUGGGUGCUAAAUCUCCUGAAUCCAUGCACAUAAUUUAAUGAAACUUCACACAAGUGAUCAGUAGUAACCCUAGUUGUGCAUGGUGCAUGUUAGGUUCUUUCAGAAAAAAAUUCUGCACAGACGUGGGACUUCGUUUUUUGUUAAUAUACUAUAUACAUACAGUCUGCAUAUGCAAUCUUGUGUGCGCCUAAUCUCCUGAACCCUUGCACACAAUUUAAUGAAACUUCACACAAGUGAUCAGUACCAACCCUAGUUAUACAUGGUGCAUGUUAUGUUCUUUAAGAUACAUAUUCUGCAGAGUUAAUGGGACUUUGAUUUUUGUUACUAUACUAUACAUAGAGUCUAUAUACAUACAGUCCACAUAAUUAUGCAAUCUUAUGUGCGUCAGAUUGCAAUGUACAGUGUCAGUGCGUGAUGGGGGUACAUUCAUCACCUUCUGUGAUAGCUGUAGUUUUAGUUGGCUUCAGUUAUAAAUUAUUACAUGUUUUUAAACAGUUUACCCAUUAUAUGAGAAAACCCCUGUAUUAGUGACACAGUAUAGUUAUUGCAUAAUAAAUAGUUUCAAAUACUGGAAAAUCAUUAUUUUUCUUAUGUUUAUGCAGAAACUAGAAACUAGUAUAUUGUAAUGCAGGUAUCUAAUGCAGAUCAAAUUCUGCCAUAUUUUACAAAUAACAUUUUAUUUGUGUUGUCAUGGCAACUGAAAUUCCAAAGCACCCAUGCAGAAUUCAGUGGUGUAUAGCUAAAAGGCCCAUGAUGAAACCAAUAAUACAAGGCUAAGUUAUUUUUCAAUAAAAUCAAUUUAAACUGUUUCUGAAUAUUCAAAUGUAUGAUGUUUAGUUAGUGAUAGACAUAAUUUACCGCAUAAAUGACAUGAAAAAUACAGAUCUUGCACAACAACUGGUAUUGCUUUCAUGAUGUUCUUAACAUCACAUCUCUAAAUGCCUAUGGUGACCUACUUAAAAGUAUUGCAAGUCUUGAAAUAGCAAAGAUAAUUUCUUCAUAUUUUCAUACUUGAAAGUUAGAUGAAUGUUCUUCAUGAACAUUUUGUUAUCACAAAUUUUGAUUUUUUUGUCACUGAUACAUGUAAUGGCCCAUAUCUAUGCAUGCUAACACUUAACUGAGAUAUAAACUAAUACCCUGAAAUCUCUUUAUAUAUGCCAUGACUUAGUAGGGAUUUGGCGAUUUAUUUUCAAGGUGCCUCAUUUUUAAGCCGUAAUCAUUUUCAAAUACUUUUUCCAAUAAGGAAACAACACAAGUACUUUUUAUGCCCCCGAAGGUAGGCAUAUAGUUUUUGAACCGUCUGUCGGUCCGUCGGCCUGUCGGUCUGUCAGUCUGUCCGCAAUUUUCGUGUCCGGUCCAUAUCUUUGUCAUCGAUGGAUGGAUUUUCAAAUAACUUGGCAUGAAUGUGUACCACAGUAAGACGACGUGUCGCGCUCAAGACCCAGGUCCGUAGCUCAAAGGUCAAGGUCACACUUAGACAUUAAAGGAUAGUGCAUUGAUGGGCGUGUCCGGUCCAUAUCUUUGUCAUCGAUGGAUGGAUUUUCAAAUAACUUGGCAUAAAUGUGUACCACAGUAAGACGACUUGUCGUGCGCAAGACCCAGGUCCGUAGCUCAAAGGUCAAGGUCACACUUAGACAUUAAAGGAUAGUGCAUUGAUGGGCGUGUUCGGUCCAUAUCUUUGUCAUCGAUGAAUGGAUUUUCAAAUAAAUUGGCAUGAAUGUGUACCACAGUAAGACGACGUGUCGCGCACAAGACCCAGGUCCGUAGCUCAAAGGUCAUGGUCACACUUAGACGUUAAAGGUCAUUUUUCAUGAUAGUGCAUUGAUGGGCGUGUCCGGUCCAUAUCUUUGUCAUUCAUGCAUGGAUUUUAAAAUAACUACGCAUGAAUGUGUGACACAGUAAGACGACGUGUCGCGCGCAAGACCCAGCUCCGUAGGUCAAAGGUCCUAAACUCUAACAUCGGCCAUAACUAUUCAUUCAAAGUGCCAUCGGGGGCAUGUGUCAUCCUAUGGAGACAGCUCUUGUUUAUUCAGUUUAUUCAAGAGUCUGCCUGACUGUGAGGCCAUCCUAACUGGCAUGACUCAGUACAUCACAAAUAGCUGUAUGAACUGUUAAACCAUCUUCAUAUUGUGAGCAAGCACACUCUAUCUCUUUACUCUGUUCAACAUUUUUGGUCUUUCAAGCUUUGGUAAUAAUUGAACAAAGAUAAACUAUCAUCAAAUGAAUAUUUAAUUCAAUCUGUGCGACCAAUUAUUGUCAGUGGAAUUAGGUAUCAAUACCUGAUUUGUUGAUAUUGUCAAAUAAGGUAACAAAUUUUGCCUCAAGUGAAACAAUACACGACUAAUAGACGUUAUGUUCCACAUUUUUAUAAGAGCACAUGUUCAAAAUUUGGUUGAAUUGCAAUACAUAGAAAUUGGCAAAGUUAUAGUUUUUAUUGUCGAGCCCGCUUGCGGUGAGCUCGAUACAGUCGCAACUUUUGGCGGUUCAGUGAAUGUGCGAGCGUCCGAUUUUGUCCGGACCAUAACUUUGACAUGCAUGCACCAAUCUUGUUUAUAUUUGGCAUGAAUGUUUACCUCAAUGAGAAGGCAUGUCAUGCGCAAACCCCAUGUUCCCAUCUCAAAGGUCAAGGUCACUGAGGUCAAAGGUCAAAUUGAAGUUUGUCCAGGGCAUUUCUUCUUCAUGCAUGGUGGGAUUUUGAUGUAACUUGGCAUGAAUGUUCACCAUUAUGAGACGGAGUGUCAUGCGCAAGAACCAGAUCUAAGGUCAAGGUCACACUUGACAGCCGGCGGGCUCGACAUUCUGCCCGUUGGCAUACUUGUUUAUAUAUAAAGGUUAUUCUUCAGGAUUUUCUUUUAUUUCAGUAGAUAUCGCAUCAGCAGUAAACAACAGGAAAACAGGGUGAGAGUUUUGAAAUAAGCUUACUACUCGAGCUUCAGUGCUGAUACUUGUAAUAUUGUAUAACAAUAGGACAAUAAAAUAUUGUUUAAAAUCACAAAAUAUUAUGGCUGGCUAAUUUUAGAGAAAAUUAUUUUUUUGCAUUAUAUUUUGUGUAUUUUGUAAACAUUGCAAUUUUUUUUUCUAUUCCUGUGUGAUUCUAAUUUCAGUUUUUUACCUUAGAAUUAAUCUCUUAUACAUACACAAGUAGAUUUUAAAUAGACUUAUCUUCACGAAUGUAAUCACUGUCAUACCCUUGCAUGAUCGUAAAAGGCGAAUAGUAUGGUCUGAACACUUGGUUUUGCUGUAUCUCUAUGAUUCAAGCAGGAAUAAAGGUUUUGAGUCAGUAUGAGAUGUAAAUGAGAUGUGAAAUCAAAACAUUUAGUCCUGUUUGGCGCCAUGUAACCUAUACUCUGCUGGUGCGCCGUAAAACCCAAAUCAAAAUCAAAUUGUGACAGACAAAAGACGGACAAACUGAUAGACAGCACAAAAUUGAUGUAAUACCUUCUCAUAUAAGGGGAUAAUCCUUUCUCAAGUUUUUGCACAAAUGUCAUUUAUCAGGAUAACGUAGAUUCUAGCAUAAAACUGCUGUUCUUUUCACUUUCCGGGGGUGUUUUAACUGGAGAGAAAAUGUUUGAUAACAUAGAGAUUCUCGCGCUCACGUACGGUUAUAACACCAUUUUAUAUAUCCACGUUCCGUGGCAAAGCGUAAAGGUACUACGGCCCCAAAACGGAUAAUUCAAAUGGAUAUGAAAUUCCAAAAAGCACCAAUGCAGAAUUCAGAAACACGUGAGAAUUAGUUGGUUUUAUGAUAAUCGAACAGCGUUUGUAGGCCUAUUGCUUUACUCGAGGUAAACUUCCUUAAUAAUAAAUAUUGGUAAAGACAACGGAAAACAUGCCGCCGCGGCCCGGUUCCAUUCCCGACGCGAGUAUCUUUUUUCUUGAUUUGGCAUUUUUAAGAUAGUUUAGAAACAAAAACUCAUAUUCUAAUGUUCGUAAUAUGACCCAGCUUCAGUUUUAAUGAAAUAUCUUGAGGUCAGUGAGUUUAAUAAGCACAUUUAAGGCUUGUUGUAACAAAACUAUUGAUUUUUCUAUAAUUUUGAUGGUUUUACUGUAGGAGAUUUUGUUUUAGGCUAUGUCAUAAAUACUGGUCAGAUAUGAAUCACAUGAAAUACGCAGUUGUCUUCAAUCACAUAAAUUGCAUGGCUUUUUGGAGUAGUCACGAGAGCGGUCCAAGGCACGAUAAAUGCUACUUGUUAAAAUGAUUACAUUGAAAACUAUAUAUGAAGUAAAAUCUUAUGAAAUAAAUUUGUAGGUAAACA